UUCAUGAGUCACAUUACUUUGCUGCAUAUGGUCUUCAUUAAGACAAUGUUCAGUACUAUUUCUGUCGAGCAAGUCUUCAUUUUACCUACCCAACUUGCGCUCAAGACUUCCAAUUGUCUGGAGGGAGUUCAAGUACUGGGAAUCCGUCAUCGGUAGUCUAAUACAACGUUAACGAUGUAACGUGAGCCAUCAGGCCGCACAGGGCAAAUGUCCGCCGCCUCCUGUACCGCUUCCGGCCAUCAUCCGCCUCCUGCCUCCUGUCUACUCGCAAUUUGCAAUGUUACGUGAUGGCGGCUGACCCUGGUGCAUAAUAUUCUUCUUCUCCAUUUCACCGCCCACCACUACCUUCCACCAACAUCAAUACCCUCCCACCAUGGUUUUCACUCCUCCCGGCAGCUUCGUUAUCCGCUCUAGAGAAUUUGGCAACGGCUCAGAAUACGACCAGGAAUCCGACUCAAAUAUCAUGCCAGAUCACUAUGUGAAGCGUCUAUGGAGGACGCGCGCUCUUCCUGGUCCCGAAGGUCGAACAGUCCAAUUCAUCAACAAGGACUCAGUAGACCGUGCUAUCCUCUAUACGGUCACAGAACGUGGGAGCGCACUGCUCGUCAGGAACGGAUCUGUCACCAAAGGCGCUGAGGAAGUCGCACGCGUCCUCUGGGAAUCCGGUCGGAACGUGGAUAAGAGCAGAAUGUCCAUCGGCACCAAGUCUGGCAUGUUCAAGGAGAUGCUCAAAAAGGGCGGGUCCUUAACACCGAGCCGUAUCUUCAUAGGACCGGACGGCUUGGAGUAUAAAUGGAAAGUGAUCUUGGAAGGCUCAAAUCCCGUCUUCCCAGACUCGUCUUUCCGUGUGCUGUACUGCAAGGACUCCAAGCAUCCCAUUGCUACAACAGCGCGUUUCGUCCAAAGGGACGGUGAAUACAACGACGAGACAUACCCUAUCUACAUCGCUGAACGAGGCUUAUGGAUGGAAUCAUGGAUCGUCGCCACCACGGCCAUCCUCGAAGGAUGGGAUAAGCUGUCUUGAUUCUGUUUACUUACCGCAUCAAUUUUUUAUACACUCCUUUGGUUUCCUUCGUAUUGUACUGUGAUUCAUGGUUAGUUUAGCAUAUUGUAUGAUCCUCCCAUUCAACCCACCCUUGAUUCUCCUUCUUAAUGGGUUGCCCUCAUUCUUUUUACAUAUAUGUCCAUAUGUCUUUUUGCUUCUAUAGCAUCAUUUUAAUUGUUGUUGGUAACAAGUGCGUCCAGAUGACCCUAAAACGUCAAAACAAUAAGAUUGUUACUGGUGUAUAACAACUGAUACUUUCAUUGUCAAAUCUAUGUCGU